AUGAAUGGUGAUAGACGAGAUCAGCAGUGUAGGUCGAUACAGACACAGACACAGACACAGACACAGACAGUUAAUGUGGAAAGUGGGCCUCCAUUGUUACAGUUGAGAGCUUCUCAUGAACAGCAGCAGCGAGUACAGCGAGGGUCGGAAACCAGUAGAGGAAACUCGUCUAGACCUAGCGUUAGGUGGGAAAGUGAUGUAAUUGAUAAUGAAAAUAUGAACAAGAAAAAAACCAAGAUUUGUUGUAUCUUUCACCCACAAGAGGAACCCGAUGAAGAAUGUGAAUGCCCUUCUGACCACGAAGAACCUUCUCAACCUUCUUCUUCUUCAUCAUCCUCCUCGGAAUCUGAUGAAGAUAGAGGUUUGAACUUUGAAGAAAGAAGGGCUAGAAGGGUGGCUAGGCGUCAUCGUAAGCUCAAUCAGAAGAGAUCUGAAAGUCCAAAUGCAUAUGAGGUUCAGCCGGAUUAUACAAAGCAUCAAGCUCAUAAUCACUGA